CCAGCAUUUGAACAAGUAAUGAGAAUGGUGGCUACAGGCUUUCUGUAACUUGGAAGGUAAAUGGAAGAUUUGGAGACUAACUUAAUCCAGACACGUAAAGCAUGUAGAAUAGAGCAAAUGGUAGCGAAAUGGCUUCAUCGCUCCCGGGAUGGUGCAUCAAGUGGCAGAGUGCCUGUGACAAAUGUCACCAGGGAUGGCAGUGGCCAGCCUGCCAGCCAUGUCAAGCUCACUGUCACAGUAUACAAAGACUUGGUCCUCCAUCACUAUGGCUUUGAGAUUUGCCCAAACCUUCCUCUUACAAUUGCAUCUGUCACUGCAGGGAGCACUGCUGAUGGGAAGCUGCUGCCAGGUGACCAGCUCCUCCGGAUAAACUCCACCAUGGUAGAGGACAUGUCCAUUGAACGGGUGGCUGACAUGAUCAGGGAGGCUGGUGACGAGCUCUUCCUAACCGUCCUGCGCAGUACGUCGGGUGGGCCUAAGUCAUCGUUCCUCACUGCAGAGAAGAGGGCGAGACUGAAAACAAACCCUGUGAAAGUACGUUUUGCAGAGGAAGUGCUGGUGAAUGGACACACACAGGGGAAUUCUCUUCUUUGUAUGCCAAACGUUCUCAAAGUAUACUUGGAAAAUGGGCAGACAAAAGCUUUCAGGUUUGAGACAAGCACUACUGUAAAGGAUAUUGUUCUCACCUUGAAGGAGAAGCUCUCUAUCCGGAGCAUUGCACACUUCGCCCUCACCCUGGAGGAGCAGUACAAUGCAGCAAAGGUCCACUUGCUGCAUGAGGAGGAGCUCAUUGAGCAGGUGGUCCAAAAAAGAGAAUCCCAUGACUACCGGUGCCUCUUCAGAAUUUGCUUUGUCCCAAAGGAUCCCUUAGACCUCCUGCAGGAAGACCCAGUUGCCUUCGAAUAUCUCUACCUGCAGAGCUGCAGCGAUGUGCUUCAGGAAAGGUUUGCUGUGGAAAUGAAAUGCAGUGUGGCGUUACGUCUGGCUGCUCUACACAUACAAGAGAGAAUCUAUGCUUGUGCUCACCCACAGAAAGUAUCCUUGAAAUACAUUGAGAGAGACUGGGGAAUUGAAAACUUCAUCUCACCAACUUUGCUUCGAAACAUGAGAGGGAAGGAUAUCAAGAAAGCCAUCAGCUACCAUAUGAAGCGGAACCAGAUCCUGCUGGACCCUCGGCAGAAGCAUAUGCUCGCAGCAGUCCAAGUGCGUCUGAACUACCUACAAAUCCUGAGUGACCUGAAGAUGUACAAUGGGAAGAUCUUUAAUGCCACCCUGAUGCUACAGGACAGAGAAUCAUACGUUGCAUUGCUGGUGGGUGCCAAGUAUGGGGUGAGCCAGAUUAUCAAUAGCAAGCUAAACAUCAUAACAAGUCUGGCAGAGUUUGCAAACAUCAGCAGGGUGGAGCUUACAGAAGAGUCUGAGAAAGUGAGCAUGGUAAAAAUCUACCUACAGGAUCUGAAGAUGCUGACCCUGCUGCUGGAAUCAAACAGUGCAAAAGAUCUUGUUUGCCUCAUCAUUGGCUACUACAGACUGUUCGUGGAUGCGAAUGCCUCCAUAUUUACUUGGGGAGAGAAAAGACAGCAACCGCACCGUGUCUCAGCUGAAGAAGGAUAUGAAUCUCGAACCUGCAGUGAUUCUGAAGACUCCUGGGAACUGGAUUCCUCCUCAGAGCAUUGCUUGGGCAUGCCUGCAGCAUACAGCAGCACCCCUCCUGUGUGCGAGAAGGAGCUGGGAGAGCUUCACAGCCGAGAGAAGGACAGCACAAAGCCCCAAGCUGGAGGAAGUGACCAACACGAUGCGGGUGGCAACACAACAGACAGUACAUCUGAGGCUUCAGAUUCAGCCAACACAGAGAGCCGAGGGUUUAAGACAAGUGGCUCAAGUGACUCAAUGGAUGCACUGGAGGAAGAUGAAUUGGAAGCUUGCUCUUCCUCCAGGCCAGAGUUCUUCCACUUCUACACACCAACUGUGCACGAAAUGAACAACUCAGAUGAGAGUUUCUUCCCCAUUUGUGCUGCAGAAGACUCCAGAAGGGCAGAAGCCAGGGACUUCUUCUGUUUCUUGCAGGUACCAGAAGCAGAGGAGCAUGAAUGUGAGCACAGCCCCUGGGAGGAGAGAGGAGUGGACAUAGGUGUGUCUAUGCUAGGGACCAAGCUAUCUGACAGAAAUGCCAUGGGCUAUUACAGCCUGUGUUGCAGCGUAUCGCCUGCAGGUAGUGUAGAGAAGAGCAAUAUCAGUCACAGCCCUGGAAGAAGUCCUUGGAAAGAUGCCUCUGCCCAGGAAGAGGCACACUGUGGAGCGGAGCAGGUAGCAGAAGCAAGCGAUCUCAUUUUGGAGCCACCCCCAGGCUUUGGUGACACCAGCUCAGAGGAAGAGUUCUACGACGCUGCAGACAGCCUCAGCCCCCCAGACACCCUGGCAGCAGGCUACAAGAUGAUGUCCCAGGAAGGUAUAGACAACUCCUGCAUGCUAAAGAAACCAAGGUGUUACAGCCUGGCGGAAAACCUAAUGACAAGGCAGACAGCAAGAGAGAAGUAUGGAAAGGAGAAGCAGCUGAAAUAUGCCAAGAGCCUGAGGAAGAGGAGAUCUUUUCUGAAAACCAAUUACACCUCACAGGUCACUUUCCCACUGGCUUUACCAGACUCUAUGCAGAGCUACUGCACUUGGCCACCUACACCACCACUGCUUGCUCAGCCCCCAGAUCCACCCUCCCCUGAGAACUUCAAGAAGGAUGCAGAAUCGGGACUUCGUGCUGCCACCCAGGCCCAGAGAGACACUGCUAGCACAAACCCAUCCUCUGACAUGAUCGAAAUGGAGCCUGACACCAUGGAAACAAAGUCAGUGACUGAUUUGGUGGUUUCUUCCAUUUCAGCUGUUCGCCUGCAGGGUGACCACAGGGAGGAGAGUGCAGAUGUUGCCAUACCUGUGGAUGACCUUUGUCCAGCACGUGCUGUAUACCCACCUUUCUUGUUCCUGGAGGAACCCAUGUACCUUCCCAGGGAACAAAGCAGAGUUGUCCAGGAAAGUCCCACAAUGAAGGUAAAUACUGGGUGGCCAAGUGAUGAGAGUUGUGUGAGCAUCGGAGAUUGGCUGGCCCAAGCAGCACUGGAAGGGGAGGGUGAGAUGAUGGAAGCCAAGCAUGAGGCUGGCAAUGUCCCUCUGUUCCAGGUCCAAGAGGUGACUUGCCCUCCUAAUGAAUGUACUCUGCCGUCUUUAUGCUGUGGUGCCAGCAUGGCCAUUCCCCAUGGGGUGACACGGGACCAGGAUCUGCUUCCUACUGCUGGGAGGCAAGCUACAUGUGAGGAGCCUGUCCUGGCUCCCUGUGAGGAAGGAAAAGCUAACCUUGACAGCUGUGCUGACUACAAGAGUGACCAUGCCUCAUCACAGGCAAAAAACAGACAAGAAAUAAACAAGGAAGCCUUACAGAAAGUGCACAAUAAAAAUCACAUGGGCUUUCCAGAUGCAACCCAGCUGUUAACAGAUUGCAGCAGCACCUCAGGGGUUAUAACUCGCCUCUCCUGGCUCUCAUUUGGUGCGAGAUCAGACCUAACUUCACCCAGCCCAUCUCAGAAGAGGAUAGAUGCCCCACUAGAGCUUUUGGACUCUCAGAGGACCAGUAGGUGCCUAGAGGUUGAUGUUGUCAGAAAGGAGAUGCAGACAUCCUCAGCUACACUACCCUUUGAGAAAGAGUUGAAAAGCAGACAUGGGCUGGAUGAAGGGGAGUCCAGAAAAGACACAGAAAAUGUUGUUCACGAACAGACUUGGUCUGUUCAGACUUCUCCCAGAGAACAGGUUACAGAAGUGGAGAAAGACUCUCCCCUGACUCCUUCUCAAGGGCUUUCCAUCUCCUCAGGCCCAAUUCCCUUGGGCUCAUUGGAAAAAAGAGCAGGAGACCACAGGACUUCAAAUUACUCCUUCCUCUGCUUUAACCAUAAGAAGGAUGAGCAGGCACUUUCUGGACCCAUCAUGACCAGAUUUUGGGGAUUUUCCAUGAUGAAGACAUCACCACCACAAUUUGGAAUGGACAAGUGCAGCUGUCAGCUAUCCUAUGUCAGCUGCUUCCACAGGCCUGAUGAAGAAGGAGAGCAGGAAACCACCAUUCCUAUGUGCAGCUUGUUUCUGCAGCCCCUCACUACCCCACCAUCUACCAACCGCAGUCUUCCUGGGUCCUCUGUGGACAGUUACCCUGUGACCAUUGCUAGGGACAAGGCUGUGUGGGACCCUCAUGUCCAAGCCCUCAGCCAGCUGAAUGACCAAGCACAGAUGAGCCCCGCAGACUUCUCCUGCUUCCUGGCCUACACUACAGAGCUCCAGGAGGUUGUGGGAAACCUCUCAGGGAGCCAAGCAACCCACCUGCAAGACCGAUGUGCUGAGCAAGGUGCUGAGAGCAAGGGUGCCCUUGGCUUAGCCUCCCAGGACCUGCUGUCCAGUUGCAAGGAGCUUCUGAAAAUAGAGCGGCCACUUGAAGAACUGCAGGAUGCUUUGAGGGUGACAUUUGGGCACCUUGUUCAGCUGGCAGUGGCCUGCUUCCAGGUGACACACUGCCGGCUGUGCAGGCAGAGGCAGCAGGAGCUCAGGGCCGCGCUCAUGGAUGUGGUAGGCACCUAUCACCAGUUUGUGCAGGCUGUUCACCAGCAGCUUCACAGGCAAGGCUGCCCAGACCUGGGCACCAAGCUCCUCACUCGCCAGCACACAGCCCUUACUGCUGCCAUGUUUUGCCUUCUGCAGCAGUUCAGGGUACCCCCGUUGUUUUGA